AAACAUGACAGAGAAAACUGAAACAACCGAUCUCACGAGUGGAGUGAAAGGACUCGUCGACGCCGAAAUAACCAAAGUUCCACGAAUCUUUCAUUUCCCUUCUUCAACGGUAUCAAACAAUAGACCUGAUUAUGAUAUCUCCGGCUUAAACCUCACCGUCCCAAUCAUCGACCUCGGAGAAGUCAACAACUAUGAACCAUCAGCGAGAAACGUCGUCGUUUCGGAGAUCAAAGACGCGAUUGAGAAGUGGGGAUUUUUCCAAGUGAUCAACCAUGGUGUUCCUUUAACUGUUCUUGAAGAUAUCAAAGAAGGAGUUCGAAAGUUUCACGAAGAUGAUCCAAAGGUUAAGAAUCAGUAUCUUCCUAACGGAUUCAAGAAGAGCUUUGUUUAUAAUAAUCAUUUCGAUCUCUAUCGUUCUGCUCCUAUGAAUUGGAAAGACUCUUUCACUUGUUUCUUAGCUCCAGAUCCUCUAAAUCCAGAGGAGAUUCCACUAGCUUGCAGGAGUGUUGUGAUUGAAUACACGAAGCAUGUAAUGGAAUUGGGAGAUUUGCUCUUCCAACUUCUCUCAGAAGCUUUAGGUUUGGACUCUGAGUUCUUAAAGAGGAUGGAUUGUCUUAAGGGUUUGUUCAUGCUUUGCCAUUACUACCCACCUUGUCCGCAACCUGACCUAACUUUGGGCAUAAGUCAACAUACCGAUAGCUCUUUUCUCACGCUUCUUCUUCAAAACCAAAUAGGUGGCCUUCAAGUUCUCCAUCAAGAUUAUUGGGUUGAUGUCCCUCCUGUUCCUGGAGCUCUUGUCGUCAACAUUGGUGAUUUCAUGCAGCUGAUAACGAACGAAAAGUUCUUGAGUGUGAGACAUAGGGUACGAGCGAACAGAGAUGGACCGCGGAUUUCUAUUGCGUGUUUCUUUAGCUCAAGUCUGUCUCCAAAUUCCACGGUUUAUGGACCGAUGAAAGAGUUGUUGUCUGAUGAAAACCCUCCAAAGUACAAAGAUAUCACCAUACCAGAGUACACGGCAGGAUACCUUGCGAAUCUCUUUGAUUAUAAGCCAUAUUUGUCUAACUUUAGGAUAUGAAGAGAAGACUUGUCCUCCGACUUAGUGUGAAAGAUUGAUAUUUGUGUCUUAUGCAUUGUGUGUCCAGAACGAUUACAAUAAGCUUGUAUUAUCAGGAGGACCAUUGUAAUAUCCAACAUUCACAUU